UCCGGACGCGGCGUCCAGGUUCCGGUUGUCCAGCCCUCGUCCACCAAACCCCAAUUAAUCUAUACUUGUUCCCUUUCGUGACUUCCCACACGAUGCUCCUACACCCUAGUGCUGUGGUGGAGGAGCAUUUCGUAGUUCUAAGGGAGCCUUAAUGUGCGCCUACCACACCUACCCUAGCAGCCGGGGAAUCCGCGCUAUGGGAUGGACUAUUUCCACUAACCAAGAUUUGAAUCCAACCUCGCAUCACCAAAAAGAAGUGCUGUCGUCCAAUUCUGGGCACUUGGUUAAAGUUACUGCUAGAAAAAUUCCAGCACUCAACACUUAUCAGCCUCUCGAAAAAGAGACACUAAUCUCGUCGAGUUAUGGUUCACACUCUGGUCCAUCGUCGAGGCAUCUAAGCGCCACCUAUCGGAACGCAGUCUCCAGAAGUGCAUUUUUCAAUUCCGAAUUGCCGCAUUUCGACACGAGCAAAUCAUCUUGCAGACUAAACCUAAACCAAGGAUCGACAGCCCCGACGCCAUCCACGCCCAUGGUUGACUCACUCCCUAGUCUCAAUAACAACCUAAAUAAGGACCAUGAAGUUACAAACAACAACAAGGAGGACAUUUCCUUCCCCCUUACGUCAAUCGAGGCACUACGCUUAUACGGAAACCGACUCACCGAAUACGAAAAGACUGAAAUUGAAAAAUACUCGAAAAUCUGGUAUCUCGGUUUGAGCGCCUGUAAAAUUCACGGCGAACAAGGCGGAUCCCAAAAUGGUGGAUACGAUGACGAGAGCGGAAGUUAUAAUAAGGUCUUGCACGACCAUAUAUGUUACCGAUACGAGAUUCUGGAAGUAAUAGGCAAGGGUAGCUUCGGCCAAGUGAUACGAGCACUCGAUCACAUGACCAACAAGCACGUGGCCAUCAAAGUGAUAAGGAACAAGAAACGGUUCCAUCACCAAGCAUUGGUCGAGGUCAGGAUUCUCGAUCACCUCAGAAAACGGGACAAGGAGAGCAAUCACAACGUUAUCCACAUGCUGGAAUAUUUUUACUUCAGGAAUCAUCUGUGUAUUAGCUUCGAAUUGCUCAGCCUUAAUCUCUACGAACUGAUCAAGAAGAACAACUACCAGGGAUUUAGCUUAAAUUUAAUCAGGAGGUUCGCGAACUCGCUACUCAAAUGCCUCAGGCUCUUACAGAAAGAGAAUAUCAUCCACUGCGAUCUAAAACCGGAAAACGUCCUGCUAAAACAAAGAGGCAGCAGCUCAAUUAAAGUAAUAGACUUCGGAAGCUCUUGCUACGCCAAUCAAAGGGUCUACACCUACAUCCAAUCACGUUUUUAUAGGUCGCCUGAGGUUAUUCUGGGUCUCACUUACGGCACUGCAAUUGAUAUGUGGAGCCUGGGUUGUAUUCUCGCGGAAUUGUACACCGGGUAUCCUUUAUUUCCUGGAGAAAAUGAAGUGGAGCAACUGGCCUGUCUUAUGGAAAUACUUGGAGCGCCCCCAGAUGACCUUAUCACGGUAGCGACUCGAAGAAGGUUGUUUUUCGAUUCUCGUGGCAAUCCCCGAUGUGUGACCAAUUCCAAGGGUAGGAAACGGAAGCCGGGAUCAAAAAACCUGGCGAUGGUUUUGCGUUGCAACGAUGGCAUGUUCAUCGAUUUCGUCUCUAGAUGUUUGGACUGGAAUCCCAAAAAAAGGAUGACGCCUAGUGAAGCACUGUGUCACUCUUGGAUCUUAUCCGGGUCAUCUUCGAAUAAAUCCAGCGAGCUGCGACACAGUCACUCGGAAGUGAACGUCGCUCAUGAGAGUCACUCGUCGGGGAGCAUAUCGGGCAGCAGUCACUCGCGAUCUCACUAUAAGUGCGUACUUCAAAAAAGUGAUAAAGUCAAGGCCAAAAUCAUAGACACGAGGUUAAGUAACGGGAAAUUAGACUCUAACUUGAACGACUCCGGUACGUUUCUACCCCCCAUACUCUAGUUUAUCUUUUAGUCUCGUUAUAGCCGACUAAUAAGUGAAGUGUAGAUCAACGAUGACAAUAGUUAAAGAGGUUAUUUAUUACGGUCAUUGGCGUGAUAUGUAAAUGGACCGUCGACAAUUCGUUAAAAAAAUGUUUAGAAGAAAAUCGAUUAAAAUUUGAUUUAUGUUACCACCGUAAUUGAUAAUUGGUAAAUUUAUCCGCAAUAGGUUGUUUAUGUUUUUUUUUCGUAAUUAGCCAACAUAACUGGUUGUUCACUUUCCAAUUUUACUGCGGACGCUCCAUUUGUAUAGCAAUUAAUGAUUAAGGUGUAGGUGUACCUCAUUUUUGGUAGUCUCUGACUAAAAGGGCCAAACGAAAAACGAUCUCUUUACGACCAAUUAGUUUAUUUGUAGGUUGUUUAAGUAUGCUGCCAUUGUUCUCCCGUUGGUUUUUUUAUCUUUGUAUGUAAUAGGUAUGGUAUUGUUUGAAGUUGCUACGUCUUGCGGAUAUAAACCAAGUCAAGCUAUUUCAUUUACCUAGAACGGGGCAAAUACUCCAUUAUUUUAGGAAUGUAGUUUAGUGGUCUCAGUUUCGCUCUCUUGUGACUUCGAUUGGAAAAAUGUAUUUUAUCCAUUAAUUAAUUCAUUAAGUUAAUCACGAAAAGGGAAUACAAAAACGAAAUCCUAUACAUGUUUCAGUCAAACUAAAUGAAAAAUAACCUUCACCUUAUUGGUGAAACCCUUUAAUUUAACUAAUAAAAAUUCAUAUUAUUCAAUCGAUCACUUGCAGAUAAUUGCAUUUAGACAAAAAUCUAUUUAAUCCGAAAGAUGUAGCGGCUUGUCCAUACACAAACAAGUAAUCACUAGGAAAACAUACCAAAACGUUUAAAUAAAUCUCUAACUUUAAGAUUCUAAAUUUUAUUAAAUUGUGUAUUCUAUUGAAGUUAAUAUUUCCUACACUGACUGACGUGUAAUUUUUUUUACGAGCUCAUCGGCGUAUAGCUACAGCCUCGAAUACAAACAAAACAAAGAUGACAAAUAUAACAAAGAAUACCAAGGUGAGUUGUAUUACUUGCGAUAACUCCGACUGCUGUUUCAAACAUUUCCUAAAAGGUUGUGAUAAACCUUUGGACCGGAAACUCCAUUGGAGGGUUCUAAGCAUGGGCCAUUAAAUUUCUCCAAUUCUAGUUUCGAAGGAAUUGCAAAAAUACGCUGUUAAGUAAUAGCUUGUUAUUCUCACUAGCUUUAGUUCCGUAUUUUUAAAAUAUUUGUUAUUUUCACUUCAAUAACCAAAAAUGAAUAGGGAGGAUAUUUUAUGAAUCGAAAAGUGAAAGUUCGUUUAUUUAUGUAUUUAUUUUUUGCUGCAUAAGCAAAAUUAAUUAAGCGCUUGGACGUAUCAGUGUUUUAAAGUAAUAUAAAGGAAUUAUGUUGCAUGUUUUAUCGUCAAUAAACUUCCUCAAGAAAAUAGGAUUUGAACAGGAAUAUGAAAAAAAAAAUGCUGUAGCUAUAUUCCCACGAGAUCGUAGUUGUUUAUAAAAAAAUAACACAUUAUAAAAUAUUCUUCGCUGCUGCCUGUUAGUUCUAGCAAAGCUCUAAGAAAACUAUUUUCUCAUCGGGAAUGCAGAUGCAAGAAGUCGCUGCAACAUUAUUCUAUAAGUUUCUCUUUUUGUUCCAAAAAGAACUUGUCGAUUUGUGUUUUGUUGCCUAGCGCAGUAGGUAAUGGUAAAUAGCUAGUUUAUUAAUCAGUUAUUGUUUUAGCAUGAGUAUAUAUGUAUUUAUAACGAGUGAAACAGUCUUUUAAGAAACUACCUUUUCGUGACGGCCGGUUCACACUACAAUACAAUGUAAAUUUUGAUCAAAUGUGAUUCAUAAAACUCUAAUUCGGCGCUUCUUUAGUAUUUAUAUACAAUAAGAGGCGAUGUAUUUUUAAUUGUUAUUCUGAAAGAAAAUUUAUAAUCAUUUUAACGUUAUACGAAAAGUAAAAAAAAAAUGGAUAAAUCAUCUCCAAUUGUGAUAAUAGAAAUAUUGAAUUAUUAAAAUAGAUUUUACAAUGAUUAUCAUCACUUUCAAUGUCUCUCGGUUAUUGGAAACGAUUAUUAAUGUUUAUAUAAACAAAUUAAUUCUUGUUAAGAUUAUAUUAUUAUUUGCGCGUCUCUGUAUUUUAGUUUAAUUUAAAAUUGACAUUAUUCUUAUUGUUGUUGUUAUAAGUUUCUUAAAUAAGACUGACAUAA